AGAAGAACAGUUUAGGCUACCGUGGAGGGAAAAAAAGUCCUACAGAAGCAAAAAAAAAAAACUCCCGUAAUUGAAGUCACAAGUUGACAUGCACGCGUUGUGUGGCAGACUGACAAGAAGCUCACAAUGCUGCCGCUAUCGCCGCCUACUUCAUUCGCGUUUUAUUAACUCUACGCCACAUUUAUUUGGAUCCUUUUCAAAAGUUUACUCCGUGGAGUUCAGAGGGGUGAAGUCCAUGAAAUGUAGCAGCGAAAUCCCAGAGGGAGAGACCGAAGCACCAUGGCAGACUGGAGGACUUUUAAUGUGGUGGUUUUGGGCGUGGGAUUCUUGUUCGUAUUCACCGCCUUCACUACCUGUGGCAAUAUUGAACAAACGGUGGUGAAAAGUCUGCGGAAUGACACUUUCACAGGAAGUGGAUACCACAGUCUGGGCAUCAUUUAUGGAGUCUUCUCGUUGUCCAAUUUGGCAGCGCCCGCCGUGGUGUCGGUGGCGGGAGCGAAGGUGACCAUGUUUGUGAGCGGGCUGCUUUACAGUGGCUACGUCGCUGUCUUCAUCGAGCCGUCUACCUGGUCGUUCUACCUGACGUCCGUGCUGAUUGGCGUCGGGGCUGCCAUGCUAUGGACAGCUCAAGGGCAAUUCCUGGUGGAGAACUCGGACGCUUCCACAAUCAACAGGAACACGGGAAUGUUCUGGGCUCUCCUGCAGUGCAGUAUGUUAUUUGGCAAUUUGUACAUUUAUCUGGAAUGGAAUGGAAGAACAGAAAUACCAGACGGCAGCAGGAAGACAAUCUUCCUCUCAUUGCUGGUGGCCUCCAUUGUGGGGACACUGUGCUUCUUGGCGCUGAGGAGGACUCGUCUGUUCGAGGAGGAGAUGCUCUCCGAGGAUGAAGGACAGGCCUUGCUCUCGACACACAUGGUAUACAAGCACAGAGCCAACACAGCCAUAGAGGAGGUGAAGGCAGACUUCAAGACCAUGCUGCAGCUUCUCAAGAGCAGAAACAUCCUCCUCUUGAGUCCCUGCAUGGCCUACAGCGGCCUGGAGCUGUCCUUCUACAGCGGCGUCUACGGGACGUGCCUGGGAGCCACGGCGCAGUUCGGCCAGGCGGCAAAAGGCCUCAUCGGCAUCUCGGGCAUGGUGCUGGGCGUGGGCGAAAUCAUAGGGGGAGGCUUGUUUGGCUUGGUGUGCAAGAACAAUCGCUUUAGACGCACCUCAGUGGUCUUCCUGGGAAUGGUGGUGCACUUUGUGGCUUUCUAUCUCAUCUUUCUCAACAUUCCUGAAGAUGCCCCUGUGGUCUUCGGCACCACCACCCUCAAGAGCCCAUUUCUCACUCCAAGCAUGUCCAUCGCCCUGCUGUGCAGCUUUCUGCUGGGUCUGGGAGACAGCUGCUUUAACACGCAGCUCUACAGCAUCCUGGGUUGCAUCUACGCAGAGCAAAGCACGGCCGCGUUCGCCAUCUUUAAAUUCGUACAGUCGGUUUUCGCAGCCGUGGCAUUCUUCUACAGCGGCGACACGCUGCUCACAUGGCAGCUCCUCCUGAUGGUGGUGCUGGGCUUCAACGGCACGCUAUGCUUCUUCGUGGCUGAGCGCAUGCAUGACGCCGACGCCAUCUCCACUCAGACCUUGGAGUAACUGGAGAGGAACAAAAUAAACGGAUACUGCGGACUGUGGAGAGCAAGCGGCUUUAAGGCACUGAAGGUUCUCUCAUUUUUUAAAUAUUUUUUUUUAAUGAUACUUUUUCUUUCAUCAUCAUAAUCAUCAUGGUUGCAGCAGGAGCCCGCAGGGUCAUUUACAUCCAGAGUAAAUGGCUUGAUGCUGCACCUCGAUGAUGAGCGCUCAUUAAUACUCGAACAACACUUUUAAACAAAAUGACUACUGCAUCGCUUUAAGCUCAGAUGGAACACUUUUUUUUUUGGGAGAAGUGCCACUCCUUUGCCUUGAUAAGUCAUCUUUUUACGAUUGGAUUUGGCAUCCCAAAAACUCUUUUCUGUGGUCGCAAUUCAUUUCUAACGUCGUGGAGUCUUAACUUUUUAAAAUACUCACCCUAGAUUGCUAACAAGCUAGCAUUUGAAAAUAAAAGUGUUUUAUAUUGUG